GCGGGACGGCCAAGGGUACUCUGUGCGGAGAACCAUCCGCCCCCCUUAGACGGUGCCAGCAGCCGCUCCUCUUCCCCAAAAACAAUGAGACAGACGAGGUCAUCACCUCCAUCAACGUUCCUUUAGGGGUUGAGGAGUGCCAGCAGGCAAACAAUGUAGACUGCCCCGAGGAACCUGAAGAGAAGGAGGAGGCACCACAGCCCUCUGCCCCCUCGGGAGUUUCCGCCAACGCAGCCGCCCCCUCCGGCCGAAGAAACCCCCCAGGGGGCAUGUCCAGCCUCAUCCUGGGUUGAGGUCUGGUUUUGUUGGAACGUUUUUAUUUUUGAAAGAAUUGCCCCCAUUUCCCCCUUCCCCACCUCAGUCCCACUGUUCUUCCCCACUGUCUGAUACAAUCCACCACGUCCCCUCUGAGCCAUGGAAUUUGCCCCCCUACCUUCCAACCCCUCAUGUUUUUACUUUUUUUCUAAUUAAAGAGAACCGUUGACAGAAGCACUUUAUGUAUCUCUUUUUCCCCUCCCCCAUUUCAGUCCAUUCUGUAAGUGUGCCUAUAUUGCGCCUGAUGGAAAAGGCUUGUCUCAUUCUCGCCCUGUUGUAAAUGGUAAAGAAAAGUAUUCAAAAAAGAUUUGAUGCGUGAAUUUCUAAAUACAAUAAAGAUUGAUAUGAAUUUGUUCAUUUUGCUCCUGGUUUUAUUUUUAUCGGAGGAAAGAUGUAUUUUAUGUGGAUCCAAAAUGUUUUUAGUUAUGCAUGUUAUACCACACAGAUAAUUUACUGUAAGCCAACUAUUUGAAGCCAUAAGUGAAAGAUCUGUGUAAUGAUUUGGUCAGCCUGUUUUUUACAGAUAAAUCCCAUUUGACAUGUUAAGACACUUCCAAAGCACUUUUAUAAUAAUGUCCACAGGAUGGGGCUGAUACUGUCUGGAACACAUUGGGUGAGGGAAUGACUUGCCCCCCUCCUUCCCACUGCUGGGAACAGUCAAGAGGCUGAACCACAAAGUGAAAGUAUGUUCUUAGCUUGUGAGAUGUGCCACUUGGACUGGACUAUAGGGAGAUUGGAAUCAAAUUGAGAAAGGCCUUAACAUGGCAUUGGUCUUCAGCUUGUCCACUCUCAUGUUUCUCCUCAUCACUGGGAUGGAGACAUCCAAAAGUCUAAGUCAGGGCCCAGAUUUGAAGCAGGUCAUCCAGGUGGACUCUGGGAAGGAUGCAGUCCUAGAGUGCUCUGUGAACUUCAAUGGGAUAUCCCCUGGUAAUGUAAACAUAGAGAAGGUUGUGUGGUGGAGGCUGGACCAGAAUGGUCUUCACAAAGGUGGACCUGUGUUCAUAUGCAACAUAUUCAAUCAACAAUCCUCCAAUCCCAGGAUGCCACUGAGCCCAAAAUAUCAGCUUCCCAUGCCACCUGCCAAUGAGAAAGACAAAGUUGUGUCCCUGUUGGUCAAAGAAACCCAGCCUGAAGACGAGGGUCCGUAUGAGUGUGUGGUGAACACUGACAGUGGAAUCACAAAUUGUAACUUCAUGCUGAAGGUCACAGGUAACCUCACAGGUCAGCUCACAGGUCAGCUCACAGGUAACCUCACAGGUAACCUCACAGGUCAGCUCACAGGUAACCUCACAGUUAACCUCACAGGUCAGCUCACAGGUCAGCUCACAGGUAACCUCACAGGUCAGCUCACAGGUAACCUCACAGGUCAGCUCACAGGUAACCUCACAGGUCAGCUCACAGGUAACCUCACAGGUCAGCUCACAGGUAACCUCACAGGUCAGCUCACAGGUCAGCUCACAGGUAACCUCACAGGUCAGCUCACAGGUAACCUCACAGGUCAGCUCACAGGUCAGCUCACAGGUCAGCUCACAGGUAACCUCACAGGUCAGCUCAAAGCUUUUGGACUCGAACGUUUAUAAGUAGGGCCCUGAGUAUUUCCCAGUCAGGAAAAACUAAGGGCUUUACACAUAGUUUUGAAUUCAAAGUGCCUUCCUCACACCCUAACACUGACCAUUUAGUAUUCUCCUUUUUGCAUCAUGAUUUCCACUGUGCAGAGGAUCCAUCAAGAAUUUGUGCUUUUGUCACAUUAACCUCUAUUAGUAUCCAAUAUAAAUUGACUUACCCUACAAACAUUACCUAAUUGAUUCCAUACCUGAAUGCGACGUGAUUUUCAAUUAUAUUGAUUCUGAU